AUGACGCACCCGAGCGCCGCCGUCGGCGGCGGCGUCGGGUACAGGAUCGGGACGUUCCGCCACAACGCGCGCGUCGCGUGCGCGCUCCUCCCCGCGGUGUUCAUGCUCGCGGGCGCGGGCGGAUCGCUCGUCGCGGGGACGCUCCUCGCGGGCGUGAUGAUCGCGUACGUCUUGGACGUCCUGAAGAUGCCCGAGGGCGCGCUCGCGACGACGUGGUGCGCGCUCGCGGGCGCGUACCUCGCGUCGCUCAUCUCCGGCGACGUCUUCUUCACCCCGGCGCGCUCCGACGCGGUCGCGACGAUGCUCGUGGUGAACGCGGGCGCGACGCUCUUCCUGUGCGGGCUGUGGAUCACGCUGCAGUUUCGCUGGGUGCAGAUCUCGCACCCGGGCGUCGCGCUCGCGUCCGAGAAGCUCCUCUUCGCGCUCGCGCCGAGCGUGUGCGGGCCGAUGCUGACGUGGGUCGCGUCCGCGUCCUUCGGCGCGGCGAGCGCGCCGUUCUACGCCUCCGCGGCGUUCGCGGCGUUAUACCGCGCGUUCUCGCUUCCGACGCCGUCGUCGUUUCGCGUGCUUCGCGGCGCCAGCUGUACCGCCGCCGCGGCGACCUCCGCGACCCCCGCAUCGGCGUCGGCGUCGGACGCGCGCGCGACUAACGCGACAACAUGCAUCCUGCGCCCGCGCGACGCGAUGAUCCACUUCCUGCUGUUCCUGCUCGUCCCGCCCGCGGCGUACGCGCGCACGCACGCGCCGACGAUGUUCCCCGGCGGUUUCACGAGCGGCGGACGCGACGCCAUCGUCGGCGGCGUCGACGCCGGCGCCAUCGCCGAGCACUGGAGCGCCGUCUGCGCGCUGCUCUCGUUCCCGGUCGUCUUCGCGUGCGCGUGCGCGCCCGCGGGCGGGACGUGGUGGGCGGACGGCGGCGGCGGGGGGGGGGAUCGAACCGGCGUCGCGCGGUCGAACUCGAAGGCGAGGACGCGAAUCGCGGCGGCGGCGUUGGCCGUCUUCGUCGGCUCGGCGGAGAGCCGCGUCGUCUUCCACGGCUUCGGCGAGUACGUCCGCGUCCCAGCGCCGUGGAGCUACGUCCUCGUGACGGUCGCGCUGUACGGCGGCCUCGGCGCGUGCGUCGCCGCCGCGAGCGGCGCGUUGGGCGAGCGCGGUGGCGUCCCGACGAGAGCCGCGGCGGCGGCGUGCGCCAUCGCCGGCGUCGCCGGCGUCGUCGCCGUCGGCGCGCCGCCGUGGACGUGUCCGUUCGCGGCCGCGAGCGGGUGGCACGGCGCGAGCUUCGCGACGUCGCGCGACGCGAGAAGCGGGUUCGUGUUCGUGGCUGGCGCGGGCGUCUGCGCGCACUGGUUCUUGCGGCGUAACUUCUGGGACCUGGACGUCGCCGUCGACGGCGCGCCGAUGUCCGAGCUGUGUUUUUUUCUCCUCUUCUCGCUUCUGGUCGCGCUCGCGGCGCCGGGGAUGGCCGCGUGCGGCGCGCGCGCGUCCUCGAUCGGGACGCUGCUGUGCGUGCACGCGCUCGUGUUCGCGCGCUGCGAAGAAGCGUUGUACGCGGAGGUUUUAGAGGACGGCGAGCCGAUGUAUCCUCCGUACCUCGUCGUCGCGACGUCCGCGCUCGGCGUCGCGUUGAGCGAAAAGUUGAAAGCGCGAGGGACCGUCACGGACACGACGGGGUGGCUCAUGAAGUGCGUGUACGCGGGGAAGCUCGCGAUCGCGAUGAUCCCGGGCGACCGCGCGCUCGUGCCGUGCGUGCUCGUCGCGCUCGCGGCGUCGUCGCCGCACGUCGUCGACCCCGGAGUCGGAGGCGGCGGGGGCGCGAAACCGCGAAACCGCCGGAUGUCCCCCGCGCGCGGCCUCGCGCACGCGGCGUUCUUAGUCUUAGCGCUGAUACACGCGCGGUUCGCGGCGUUCGACGUCGUCUUCGCGAUCACGGGCCACCGCCCGUCGGACGCGGUCCUGUUCGGCGGCCUCCUCGCGUGCGCGGGGAUCGGCAACGCGCCGCUCGCGAGGGCGCACUUUUCGCGCUCGCGCGUCGCCGCGAGAGCGGUGACGCUGACGACCACCGCGGGCGUCCUCCUGUGCGCGCUGAAACCGCCGAUGCCGUGGAAGGGCGAGAUCGGGUUCUGGUACGACGAAGCGCACGUCCCGGACGCGGAGCCGGACGACGCGAACGUGUACGGCACGCGAAUCGGCGCGCGCGCGGGAUGGCCGUGCUGGCUCCUGAUCUUCACGAUUCUCGUCGCGUCGUUCGUCGCGUCGUCGCCGCCCUCGCGAGGCCUCGCUUCCGGCGCGGGCGGAGCCGAGGCGCGCUUCGUCCUCUCCGCCGCCGCGGGCGCCGCGGGCGGGGUCUACCUCGCCGUGGAGCACUUCCCCGGGUCGGACGUGCCGCUUCGGACGUCGAUCGCGACGGCGUGCGCGCUCGCGGGGGUCUUCGUCGCGUUCGUGCACGCGCCGUCCGGCGGCGCCCCGCGGUGGCUGCCGCUCGUCUUCGGCGCGUACCUCGCGUGCCUCGCGGCCGCGUACGCGUCGCAGCACCCGGGGAUGACCGGCGGUGGGUUUGGUGGGGAGGGAGGCGGCAGUUUUGGCGGCGGCGGCGGGCACGAGAGCGCGCACGAGAGGGCGAGGAUGGAGGACGCGAGGGCGGGCGUCGCGAGCGUCCUCGCCGGGCUGUCGCUGCAGAUCGCGUUCGCGCUGAAGCUCAAGGUGAGCGGGAUAUCGCGCGGUGCGUCGGUUCGCGAUCCGAACCGUCGCGUCGACCGCGCGCGCCCCGGCCCCGGCCCCGGCGGCGUCAUGCGCGGCGCGUCGAGAGGGACCGCGGUGACGGGGAAGAGCGACGGCGCAUCCGCGGCCGCGGCGGGGUUCUCCUCGCCGUAUCGCGCGCGAAGAAGCGCGUCAGCGGCGGCGUCGCUCGCGCACCGCGCGCUCUCGUCGUCCAACCUGGCGUGGAUGCCUGUCCUCGGGAACGUCGCGACCGUCGUCGCGUACCUCGCGAGCGCGUCGUUGACGCGACGCAUCGGUUCGCGAACCGACGCGGAGUCGGCGACCAUCGCGCUCGCGCCGAUCCUCCUCCUCCUCCACGAGGACGGCUUCUUCUUCGAGACGCUCCGCGGCGGUCGCAAGCGGUACGUCCCGCCGCUGGUCGCGACCGCGGUGUCGCUGUGCGCGUCCGCGAUGGUUCGAGCGGCGCGCGGGCCGCUCCGCGGGUCGAUGAUUCCGCUGCCGAUGAUGACGACGCGUCGCGCGCCGUACGCGCUGAGGAACGUCGCGCUGACGGCGUGCGCGACGCCGUGCGUCGGGACGUUGGCGCGUUAUCUGUGGAAUUUCCAACGCGUCUCCGGCGGCGCGCUCGCGAUGCUCGCGCCGCUGAACGCGCUGACGUUCGUCGCCGCGGACGUUCGGGCGGCGCGCGCGCUCGCGUGCGUCUCGAUGGCGUGUGCGGUGGCGCAGUGGGCGAUGCAGCGACGCGUGCGUUUCGCGGGGAUGCGCGCGUUGUGA